GUCGUGUAGAAAAAUGCAUGGUCUUCAAACAUAAGCAGUUUCGGGGUUUCUUAUCAUCAGACCAUCUAUAAAUGUCUAACAUAGCAAGGAAUCAGCUCUCACAACAUUGACGUAGAACUAACAUUUUGGUUUGAAAUCUGGGCAGCGGGCUUGCUUCUGACUCGCCGCAGUUAACCACAGAAACCUGAUGUGAAUCCAUAUCACAUUAAGCUGGUUCUCGAAAUGUUGGCGACACGACUGAUAAUCGUUCUUGCAUCUGUGUUUAUCAUAACCAAAGGAAAUGACGAUGUUACAAUAAUUUGUAGCAAAAAUUCCAUGAUUGUAUCGAUCCAAAAGACAUUCAUACCGGACUUUUAUMUUGAGGACUUGAGUCUGCUCGACUCCCAAUGCGMCGAAUAUGAGCAUCAAGCYAAUUCUACCCACUUUMAAUUGAUGAUUCCACUGAUUGGGUGCGGUACYAUCAGUCAUCAUACAAAUACUAGUAUUACAUACACAAACAUGAUCAAGAAUAAGCCGUUUGACGAGAGUGCAGUUAUAAAUCGACUUCCUAUUUUAGAGAUACCAGUUACAUGUACUUACCCAAAAAAGAUAGCCACAUCCUAUACAGACUUCAGCGUAAAGAACAAAGUACUCCAGCUAGAUGUCGAAGAUGGCUCUGGGGAGUUUGACUUACAAAUGGGUUUAUAUAUAGACAGCUCGUAUGUCGAUCAACACGAGGACUUUCCUGUUACAGUUUCUCUAAAUCAAAGGCUUUAUUUUCAAUUGAAUGUAGAUUCAAUAGAUAAGGGUUUAUCUGUCACUGCUGACACGUGUUAUGCCACRCCCACCAGAGGCGAAACGUCUGAGAGCAGAUACAUCAUAAUUGAAAACAGGUGUCCAAAAGAUUCCACAUUCAAGACACACCCCUCUCCCCCUUGGGCACAACGAUUUAGUUUCCAAGCCUUCCAGUUCGUCCACUCAACAAAUAUCCCGUAUGUAUUCAUCCACUGUGAAGUGAGACUGUGUAAUGCUACAGACAGACACUCGAUUUGUGCCAGAGGAUGCGAUGAAAGUGUUACUGAUGUAAGAUUGAGACACAGACGAGAUUCCAGCGAGGAAGAAACGUUUAUUUUAGAGCAAGGACCCAUCGUUAUUGUUAGGAAUGAAGACACGUCGGCACACGACACAUCAAAGACUUUGUGGAAAAAAGACUCCAAUCUAACUGCGCCUCACUGGGUUCUCAUUGGCAUGGGCGUGGUUUGCUUUCUAUGUUUAUCAGUCGUACUGUACACAAGGCGCCAACUUAUGAGGAUAAGAUCUGUCACUAAAACAACAAGACUGUAGAUUAUCAUAUGAAUAUCGGAAAUAGUGGUAACAUACAUCUAGCAUAGGAAAUAAUGGUAUCUAGAAACUAAAUAAGUAAAUAUCAAAAAGGUACUGGAUUUCUUGCAUGACGCACGCUGCAGCAAAACAAAACAUAAAAAGCGAAUAAUUUUUGAACUAAUCUGAACUUGAAAUGCAAACGCGAAGAGUAUCAGCUGAGCGCGCGUACGUUUAUUUCACUACGAAACCUGAACCACUUAAUACCAUGAUCGACAGAUAUCGCAGUGUAAAAAUUGUUAUUCAAGAGUGCAUGUUAUAUUUGAAGUAUUUCUAGUACUUUGCCUACUGCAUUUCUCGAUAUAUAACUAGCUGUAUGCACUAUAAUUGCUUUCAGUAUGUCUUUCUUUUUGUCGUUCUCUUUGAAUAUGACAUGCGCGUUCAAACAGGAUGCACGGUAUGGAUUUGAAUUCACGUCAAGUACAAAUUAAAUAAAAUAGAAAUAUAAAAACUCGUAUUAUAUGAGGUUAAAACAUAGACAGGAUGUCAGAAGCUGUGCAUUUUAAUUUCACGCUUUCGUAAAUUAAUGACAACUUUAGAAAUUAUUUUCGCUUUGUAUUACUAGGAAAAUUACCUGAUACUGCAUUGGAAUGGAAUCUCUUCCUCAAUUAGCCAGACUAUGGCGCUGUGCCAUUCCAACUGAGGUUACAAAAGACCUCCCGAACUCUGAAGAUGAAAAUCAAUUAAUAAAAAAACGAGAAACAAUUA